AUGAACGUCAGGAACAAUUUCUUUAGUCAUAAAAGCAAACAAAUUGAUGAAGAACUUCGGCCAAUCUUAAAUUCUUCAAUUGAUUCAACCACUAUCAUACGUCCACAAUCUCUUCAUCUGGUACAGAAACUGAUGGAGGUUUACAUGAUGCCAACGAUGUCUCUCAUCACUUCAGACUUUAGCUACUUGCCCGAUUUGAAAGUUCCUGGUAUGGAUGAGGGGAUGAGACAAGCCAUGCGCAUAUCAAUUUCUCUUUUGUUGCGUUGGAGGAUAAAAUUACACACUAAGAACAUACAAAAGGAUACUCCACAAGUGGCCUUCACUUCAGUUGGAACAUUCGCUGAUCAGUUAUUGUGGCUGGAGCGAGAUUGGCUUAGGACACUUGGCCUAGACGUGCUGGAGCACCUCUAA